AGCCCGCGCGGAGGCGGAGGCGGAGGGGCCCCGCCUGGGCGAGGGGGCGCGAUCUGGGGCGACAGGGCCGGGGCCCGAGCUCUGAGGCCCCGAGGACGCGCCCCUGCCUUCGUUCCGUCCGGGAUGGACGAGGAGAGCCUGCAGACCGCCCUGCGGACCUAUGACGCCCAGCUGCAGCAGGUGGAGCUGGCUCUGGGAGCCGGCCUGGAUCCCUCGGAGCUGGCCGACCUGCGCCAGCUGCAGGGGGACCUGAAGGAGCUGAUCGAGCUCACCGAGGCCAGCCUGGUGUCCGUCAGGAAGAGCAAGCUGCUGGCCACGUUGGACGGAGAGCACCCAGCCCGGGGCGAUGCCGAGUACCUGGCUUUCCAGGAGGCCGUUGCUGAGGGGGCGCAGGGGUCUGUAGCCCCCAGGGCAGAGCCGGAGACGGCUCCUGAAGGGGAGGCCAGGCCGGAACCCAGCAGGCCUGGGCAGGAGGAGGGAGAGGGAGAGGGAGAGGACGAGGAGGAGGAAGAGUGGAGUGGAAGGAAGGUGAACGCCCCCUACUACAGCUCCUGGGGCACCCUGGAGUACCACAACGCCAUGAUUGUGGGCGCAGAGGAGGCGGACGACGGCUCGGCGGGCGUGCGGGUCCUUUACCUCUACCCCACUCACAAGUCUCUGAAGCCCUGCCCGUUCUUCUUGGAGGGCAAGUGCCGCUUCCAGGAGAACUGCAGGUUCUCCCAUGGGCAGGUGGUCUCUGUCGAUGAGCUGCGCCCCUUCCAGGACCCGGACCUGAGCUCUCUACAGACUGGCUCUGCGUGUCUGGCCAAGCAGCAGGAUGGCCUUUGGUACCCAGCCCGGAUAACUGAUGUGGAUAGCGGCUACUACACAGUCAAAUUUGACUCACUGCUGCUGAAGGAGGCCGUGGUGGAGGGGGACAGCAUCCUGCCCCCACUGCGCACAGAUCCCACAGGGUCCUCGGACUCAGACAGCGGCGAUGCGGACGACCCCAGCUAUGCCAGAGUGGUGGAACCCAGUGCUGCCGACCACGGGACCUGCAGCUCUGCCUUCGCCGGCUGGGAGGUGCACACACGGGGCAUUGGCUCCAGACUCCUUGCCAAGAUGGGCUACGAGUUUGGCAAGGGUUUGGGCCGACAUGCAGAGGGCCGGGUAGAGCCCAUCCAUGCCGUGGUGCUGCCUCGGGGGAAGUCGCUGGACCAGUGCGCAGAGAUUCUGCACAAGAGGACGAAGGGCAGCAAGGCUGGCAUCCAGAGGCCCCCGAAAUGCCCGCGGAGAGGGGGUGGACGCCCUCCGCCUCGUAGCGUGUUUGACUUUCUGAACGAGAAGCUACAGAGCCGGGCCCCUGCGACCCUGGAGGCGGGGGUGGCCUCCCCGGGGAGGAGGGGCAGUAAGGAAACAUACCACGCCAGCAAGAGUGCCAAGCGGGCCCUGAGCCUGCGGCUCUUCCAGACUGAGAAGAAGAUCGAGCAAGCCCAGCGGGACAUCCGGGGCAUCCAGAAGGCCCUUGCCCGAAACACCGGCCGGCACAGUGUGACGGCAGCCCAGCUGCAGGAGAGGCUGGCGGGAGCCCAGCGGGAGCUGGGGCAGCUCCAGGCCCAGGAGGCAGGCCUGCAGCUCGAGCAGAGGAAAGCAGACACCCACAAGAAGAUGACGGAGUUCUAGAAACCCCGGGCACACACAGCGGACAGAGCUCAGGGACCCCAGCUCCUGGCUGCCUUCUGGAAGACCAGCCGUCACCCAACAGCCGGAUGCCGCUGGGAGGAGGGGCCGGCCUGCUGCCAGGCCGGCCCCCACAGUCAGCCUUCUCGCUGGCCUAGGGCACGUGGACGCUGCUGAAUGGAGACGGCCCUGCAGGGCUCACUUCCGGACACUUGCCUGCCCGUUGGGCCCACCUGCCAGUGUCUUCGGGAGUCUCUUUAGCAAGGACAUUAAAGUGUUGUGUUGUGGUGUC